GCUUUGACCUAAUGUUGCACGAAAUCUUUCUUCCUGAAAAGGAAUAACUGAUUAAGUAUUCUUCGGUUUUCCCAGACACCGAAUAUAUGGCAUCAUCAAGAGCGGGUAAAGAGACAGGUGGCUUUAAUGAGAAAGGUGUGGUCACCAUCAGUCGUAGAAAGCACAGACGUCUUAAAACAAAGUCAUUUUGUUUUAAUAAUGGUGAGUCUUCUGGUUGUCAAAAAUGCUGGUGAUCACCUUUGUCCUGCCUGUGUUGUUUUGGCGACGACAUGGAACCCUCACACCACGCUCACACCGACAUGGAAGCCGAGACCUUAUCCCAUUAGAAAAGCUUGCUGUACAUGAUAUCAAACGCUUUCCGCUAGUGCGAAGAUAGUCUCGCCCGAAUGCCACUUUCAUUAUGCAAAACAGGGCCAAGCGGAUCGUACGAUAGCAAAUCGUUUAAUGUCACAGAGACGAACGUGCCGGCUACUGCAGUUUGCCGGUUAAGUAUGCAAGCCAUACGUUUGUCUACAUGUUCUUUUUGCUUUUUUUGUUUUUUAUCAAGAUUAUAUAGCCACCCUGUGCCAGAAAAAUCUUCCCAGACGAUGCGCUGAAGUCCUGAUACGGAUUGUCUGUCUGCCCUCGUUGUGUUCUUAGUUUGCCUAUAGUGCAGAAACGUUUGCUGGAUCUUCAGCCAGUUCAGCUGGUCAUUAAAUUGAUUGGACCUUUUACAUUUGGAUGGGCUCCCAGACGUUAACCGCAUGCAAAGGUUGCUACCCGCUUUGUCUACGUUGCAGAUUCCACGUACGCAAAGUUGUCUCAACAGCCGAUCCGUACUGUAAUUCCAUGUACCCAAAGUUGUCUUCCUGUGGCCCAAGUUCAAGGAAAAGCUCAAGAGCUGAUCCGCAGUACUAUAUAAGACGGAACACUACAAAAAAUGUUUCAGAAGUUCUUAGACGUCUUCGACCAGCAUCAGUUACAGCAUCUUGUAUUCGUUCUGAGAUGAUGUCGUCUUUUUAUUUGCUGCUCGCGGCCGUUUUGAUGGCACAAAUCAGCCGAGCCUGUGAUGGUGGUAACGAGGAACAACUUUUGACGCAGGAUCCGAGAGAUUUUUACACCCAAGCCUACGGUUAUACUCCUGAAACGUGGAACGUUCUAGAGUACCAACUAGCGACUGUUGACUCUCCAGUUGAUGGUUAUUCGAACCUGUACGACGGGAGGACACUUAACAAGCAGCAACACGUCGUUAAGACGUUACAGUCCACUAAAAAUGAUCUUCAGUCAGAAGGUCGUCUGGCUCUCGGAGGAUUGGGUGCCAAUUUGAUAAACGCUGGCUUCUUCAACAAUCGAUUUACACCGGCCAAUACUUGGAGACCGUUUGCCACUCUCGUCAAUCGCCUUCCAGUUUCUUUAAGUCAAAGUUUUGACUAUAGGUUUGAUAUGUUCGAGACCUGUGUUUCACCUAACGGUGAAUCUGGAAUCUGUGCGCCAGGCUCAGUUUGUUCGCUGUUCGGUGGACGACCGACUGAUUCCUGUAGUUUUGGAAAAGUCUGUUGCAUUAAUACGAUCAACAAGUGCGGAGGCGUUGUUACUUUAAACAACACGUACUGGCAGAAUCCGUCUGCGCUCAUUAACGCUCCAUCUUCCUGCUCGUUAACUGUGAGGACGGACACGAAACUCACCGAACAAUCAAAGAGACCUAUUUGCCAAAUUCGUUUGGAUUUCAUCUCGUUUACAAUUGCCCAGCCAACAGCUGGAAAUUGCAUUGAUACAUUCCAAAUCGGCGAGGCAACUACAGUGGCACCUACCAUCUGUGGUGACAAUAGCGGACAGCACAUGUACAUUGACGUCCCAUCGUCGGCCAUUACUCCUAGCAACGUACAGUUCAUGUUUAAUUUUGCAGCUGAUACGGCCAGUCGUUCAUGGAACAUCAAAAUCGCAUUGCUUCCUUGUGGGGGUUCCUACCUCGCUCCGGCGGAUUGCCUGCAGUAUUUCACGGCCGCCACGGGGAAAGUACGGUCUUUCAAUUGGUUGGAUAUCUCGGGCACAACAACACGCCAAUUGAACAAUCAAAAUUACAAUGUUUGCUUCAGAACGGAACUCAUUUCCGGAUUGAAAGCGACUCAGAUGUGCCUGUCGGUGUGUUCGGUUAGGAAUGGUGACGCUUUUUCUAUCACGACGCCCACCACUACCCCCGCUGCUAUUGCGGCGGCUGCGGUUGUGGCUGCCCAGAAUGCCCUCACAGCUUCAACAGCCAUUCAGACCGCUGCACUGGCAGUUCUCGCAGCCGCUGGAGCUGGUGCUACGGCAGCUCAAAUUCAGACGGCAACUGAUGCAAAUAUUGCUGUCAGAAAUGACCAGGCAUCUCUUGCAUCCGCUCAGGCUGCCGCUGCUGUCGCCAACACUAACGCGGCAACGCUCUCCAGUAUUGGUACGAGUGCAUUCAUCAAUGCAGUUAAUACUGCCACGUGCCUGUACGAUUUUCUGCUCAUCGCUGGGGCUCGAGAUGCAAAUGAUGUAGCGGCCGAUCGCUAUUGCGGAAACGCACUCAAUCCCGCCGCUCCUCCAGUAGCGACUAGCACCCAGAUUUGCACUCCAGUUAGACCAUUCCGGAUUUCGUACCAUACAGAUGGUACGGAAGCGGCUGUGGCUGCGGGGACAAACAUCCUUCCUGCACCGGCCGAUACAGCCAACACUGGUUUCUGCUUUAAUUACGAGGAAAAGUGAGGUGGAAUAACAGUGUCUGAAGGGUUUGUGUAGCUAAGCAAAAUUCAAAAAAAAGGUUCCGUUAGCGUUAGUUAUGGUGUGGUGAAGGAUCAUUUUAAACUACAUUUUUUAAAUAGUUAUACUUUGACUAAUUACAGAUGGAUGUAAAAAUCUGUUGGCCGUUGUGUAACGGUUGGUUUGUUAAGUAAUAGUGGGUAGAGUGAAUUGAAUAUAAU